CGCCACACCCCAAACGUGGAGGAAGGGAGACCUAAUGACAAACUAGCGAGCAGCUAAAAUCAUUUCAGAGUGUUGUCAGCUCAAGAGAAACUGAAAAGAGAAGAAACUUGAAGGGGGCGUCGGUUCUACUUGUCCUAGACAUCCAAUAUUCUGUGCAUUGAGAUUGGCUCGACCAAAGCCGACAUACGCCGGCGGGUCCGCCAUAUUGAAUGUGUCAAAUCGGUCUGUGAACUCCAGUGCACUUCGUAAAUCAAAAUACCUUUCAUUCAAACUAGAGUUUACCAUAAAUCUCAGUACAAUAAAUAUGUACUCCAAUACUUGCCGGGGCGGUGUUGUGGCAUGAUAACUUUCCGGUUUCAGGGGGGACGAUGUGAUGGUAGUUGCCACAUCCAAUACGGCUGCGUUGUUGACGUCCCUCCCCAGGUGAAGGCGGAGUCAGUCUUCCUGCUGUCUGCUCUGCGUUGCGUGUGGCCGUGACGAACAAGUCACUUCUUGACAGCGACUCUGCUCGCAUACUAGUCCACCGAAGCAGUACUCCGGUUCCGGAACGGGUUUAGGGCGGGCCGCCCAUCUCUUCGGUUCGACAUCCCGUCCUCGCUGCAAAAAUGCUCCGCGGAGCAGCGGAUGGAGAGGGCCGCCAAGCUACGCUGACGAGCAGAGGCCGCUGAAGCGUCACCAAAUGGACAAGGAGGCCGUCGGCGCCGGCCCGCCGGUAGACUGCGCGUCCCCCUCUUCCGCACCUCCGCCGGCGCCUCCCCGCCUCACGCCCAACCCCACGCUGCUGCAGGACGCGCCCCCGCCGACGCCCGUCACGGCCUCUCCGCCGCCCCCGCUUACUCCCGCCCCCAAGAUGGCGGUGGCGAGGACUGCCUCUCCCCACGUCCCGGCGCCCCCUAAGCUGAGCUCCGCGGCGAGCCCCGCCCUUCACACGUACGCCCGCCCCAUCCUGCCCUGCGCGUCCUCCGCCGCGCUGACCAACGGGAGCGCGAGGAGCGUUUCGGCACCCGCCUCCGGCACCAUCACGCCCUUCCACACGCCCGCCAGUCCACCCGGAAGACAGGUGGCGCAGCCUCACCCGACCAAUCCGAGCCCUCCCGCCUGCGUCGCCAGGCAGACGGCCUCCCAGCAGGCUUUGCUCCUGGGAAAAGUUCUCAAAGGGGCGGGCCAAGAGCAAGUGCUGCUCCGAGCUCAGAUGCUGAUUCUCACCUCUGCUAUGCGAGGCGGUCCCUCCUCUUCCUCCUCCUCCUCUCGCUCCUCCCCCCCUUCCGCCUCGGCUCAGCUCCAGAAUGCGCCGUCACCGGUCGGCGCCCUCGCCGGGGGCCCCCCGUCUUUGCGCCCGAAGCCCCCCGUCCCGGUCCCGCCUCGGCCGUGCCGCCCGCAAACGGCACUCUUCCCUCCUUUGCGCCCGCGUCCCCGGGCCGAGGUCCGGGCCGCGCCGGUUCGCCACCUGCCGGUGCCUCCGCCAACGCUGUACUCGCCGGUGCGAGCGCUACCCCUCCGGCCCAAACUUCAGUCGUCGUCCCCGCGGGUGCCCGCCCCUCUCCGACCCCGCGCCGCCGCUCCGCCCCCGGAGACGGCGCCGUCCGCCUCGGCGCAGCUUCAGAUUAUUGCUUUGGCUUCGGCGCGCCCCCCGCUCGGACCGGAAGCGCCCGUCCUCCCUCGGCGUCCCGCGUCGCCUCCGGCCGCGGAGAGCCGCGCCCCGUCGGAAGCCGUUAAAGACCGCGUCGCUCGAAACGAGCAAAAACGCGAAACCGACGGGACGGAGGCGGACCAGCUCCGGGGGCUCCUCCCGACAGUGGCGACGGAAGAAGGACGUCCCGACUUACCGGACCGAGAAGGAGAUGAGGACGAAGCGCCGUCGGGCGGUGGAGAUGCCCCGGCGCGAGCGCCGUCGGGCGGCGGGGACGCCCCGGCGCCAGCGUCGUCGACGCUUCCUAAGGAGCCACUCCCUGAGCUCGAUCCGGUCCCGACUCCGGAACUUUGUCACAUUGAGCCGGCGCCGGAGGCUCCGGAACGAAAGAAGAGCCGGGAGGAGGAGACCCUCGAUGACGACCACGAUCGCGCGGCCGCUCCGUCCGGCGACCGUUCAGCCUCGUCCAGCUUGUCUUCUCCGCCCGUGUCGCCGUCCGCCGCCCUCAACCUCAGUCGACGGCGGCCGGCCGCCGAGGAAGACGAGCGGCGAGCGAGCGGGUCCUGGGAGGCGGGCGCCUGGCCCGAAGGUCGCGACGUCCUGACUCACCUGGUGGAAGGUUUCGUCAUUCAGGAAGGACUCGCGCCCUUUCCCGUGAACCGUUCAUCGCUUUUGCUCCCACAGCCGUCGUCACCGCCGCCGCCGCCACAGACGGUCAACGGGAACAAUGGCGAGGCAGGCGAGACGACGGCAGCCGCGGAACUUUCUGAACAUUCCGCGGACUCGCAGGACGACGACAAAGACCCGCGACGACAAGCCGACCGCGGUUCCCGGCGGGACCGAGGCGUCCUUCACUGCCAGUUCUGCGGCAAGCGAGGCCACGCCCACAACUUCAUGCGCUCCAAACGCUUCUGCUCCACGUCCUGCGCCCGAGGGUUCAACGUCCGCCUCACCAAGCGCUUGCGAGCGCUGAGCGCCGGCGCCGUCCGUGCGGAAAAGCCCCGACCCGUUCUCAACAGGGCGCGAUCCGUCCCGGGGAAGCCGCUCCUGCUCAGACUGCCCCGAGACCUCUGGAGCGCCGGACGCCGGGAGAAUGACGAGAAGGCGGCGGCGGCGGCGACGGCUGAGCCGGAAGAAGAGGACGAGGUCAUGGAGGCGGCGGGAGUGGAGGAGGAGGAGGACGACGACGAGCCUGCGAUCACGGAGAGUCCGGUGACGGCGGCCACGCCCACGAGCACCGUCCAGACGGAACCCUCUCAGUGGACCGUCGAACAAGUCACCGCGUUCAUCCAAGCGCUGCCGGGCUGCGGCGGAGGCGAAGUUUCGUCGUCUUUCCGCCUUCAGGAGAUCGACGGGCAAGCGUUGCUGCUGUUGACUGAAGAACAUCUAAUGAGCAGCAUGAACAUCAAAUUGGGCCCCGCCCUCAAAAUCUGCGCGCACAUCAACGCGCUCAAGCACCCUUAACUAGCGCCAGAAGGACUUUCCAUAUAUCCAAUUGAGGUUUUUUUAGAAUGUGACGUUGAUGACAAAUUGAUCCCUUAGCUCACAUAACCACUGUGUGUCUGUACAUAUAUAUAAAUAAAUAAAUAUAUAUAUAUAAAAUAAUGAAAAAAAAAUCCAAAUCCUAUUUGGUGAACUUUGUACGUGAUUGAUGCAAAUGUGAUGUUUUCUAUUUUCGCCCCAAAAACAGCAGAUGGUGAAAUGUCACCUUUUGAUGAGAUCCUAUUUAAUAAAGCAACUAAACUUAUGAUUGCGCCACUUUCAAGUGUUUCAUCUUUACAUUGAAGAACAUACAAAUGCAUUGUUUGUUCCCUAUAUCUGUCUCGGUUUCACGUCCUGUUCCUGUUGUUUUUUUAGCGCCCUCUUGUGGUGAUCCAUCGCUCCUGUGCUCAGAUUGGUACAGUGUUUUUCCUUCUGAAGAAAAUGACUAAUAAAC